GGUAGGCGGUAACAAGAGACUGCGGAGUGGGAGCGCUCAGAACGGGGAGCGCGGCACCUCUGCCUGCUAAGAGUCUGCGAAGAGAGGAGUGAUCAGCAUUGGAGGGGGAGAGGAAGGAAAGGGAGCAGGGAGCAAAGGAAUAAGAGGCAACGAGAGAAGCGGGGAGAGAGGAGGAGAGAACGAAAGAGGGAAAGAGGGAAAGAAAAAAAGUGAGAGGGAGAGAGGAGUGGGAGGGAGCGAAGUAAAGGUGAGGGUACAAGAGAGAGGGGAGGAAAGACUGGAGGAAGGGAGGGAGCAAAGGAGUUGUCAAGCACUAGAAUCAGCUGGCCAACAUGCUCUUCCCACUGCUCUACACUCUGGUCACAGCAGCUUUCGGCGGCGCGGUGCUUCGGUUGCUGCUGAAGCAGGAGCUGAAUUUAGGGCGAGAAACUGCUCUGGGUCUCCUGCUCCUCCUCCUUUUCGAGCCCCUGUGUUACAACGUGACGCCUGGCUAUCUCGGUUUCUGUCUCUUCUCCCUGGCUUGUCUGCUCGCCUACUGGAAACUACCCACGCCCGGGUUCCUACCUGUCCAGGAGAAGGCCGUUCUCAUCACGGGAUGUGAUUCUGGAUUCGGUCAUGCACUGGCAAAAUACCUGGAUGAACUAGGCUUCAUUGUAUUUGCUGGUGUUCUCUUCCUUGAUGGGCCUGGAGCUCAGGACUUGAAGAGGUGUGGGUCAGACAGGCUCACAGUGCUGCAGAUGGAUGUCACAAAUUCGCAGCAGAUAUCUGAAGUCUUUGAGUAUGUAAAAGCUCAGCUGAAGGACAAAGGACUUUGGGGUAUUGUGAACAACGCUGGCAUACUAGAAGUAUUUGCUGAAGCAGAAAUUCUCCCCAUGAACGCUUAUAAACAUUGCCUGGAGGUGAACUUCCUCGGGGCUGUGGAAGUUACUAAAGUAUUCCUUCCACUACUUCGGCAAGCCAAAGGCAGACUCAUUAACGUCUCCAGCCUUGCAGGAAGUGUACCAAUCAUGAGGUUUGCACCAUAUAAUGCCUCAAAAGCUGCUUUAAGCAUUUUUUCCAACACUUUGAGAUUCGAACUUGCCAUCUGGGGAGUUAAAGUGGCCAUCAUCCAACCAUCUCUUUUCAAAACAGGUAUCUUUGGCACCAAUGACCAAAGGAACCGACGGUACAUGGAACUCUUGCAGCAGCUCUCUCCUGAAGUUAGAAAAGAUUAUGGUGAAAGCUAUCUAAAUUCACCUAAAGAACUGUACCCUGCUGUUCAGAGUCGUAUAACUGAAAAUCUGCAACCUGUUCUGAAGGACAUAGUCAAUGCACUAUUGGCAAACAACCCCAGAAGGUUAUAUACACCUGGGUCAGGUGCAUUCUUGAUCCCAUUAAUCUACCACAAUGCUCCCACCUUUCUCUCUGAUUUUAUUAUUUUUAAGCACUUUAACAAGAUUCCGAAUAUACCAGAUGGAGCUAAACCAAAAUGAGUCUGUCAGUAGCUGACAUCAGCCCACUCUACAGUAAGCACAGAUCUGUACCUUCUACUAAGAAAACAAUUUUUCCCUACAUCUAUAUAUUUUAAGUACACAAAAUCCUGAGCAAACCAGAGAGAUGUGCUCUGUUCAACAGCCAGUUUCGCAGAGGCCUUCUUAAAUGGCCAUAAACUGCCUACAACACUUCUCUAAUGCCCGUUACCAUGGCCUCAGAAGAAAAAGGCUCCCGGAAAAUUAACCAGAGUCCCAGAUUCUUGUAUGCUUGCUUUAUAUCCAAAUAACAGAUUUCCCAAUUUCUGCUCCACAAGUUAAAAAUAUCUUGCAGCUUGGUUAAUAAACUAUGAAACUUUACUAUGCAAUUCACUGAAUACACACCUGGAAUUAAUAAUAUUUUGUUCAUUUCAAAUGAAUAUGGUUAUUUGAUUAUGCAGGAAAAUGGUUUUAUGAGUUAAUUGUAUAUUUUACACAUUGUAUAAUCUUUCCUAGACAUUGUAAUGAAAGUAGAUUUUUAAAGGCUAAGGGAAAUAUUUUGACGUAUUUAAUCUCUUGUCAUCAGGGUUAUUUUUCAAUGUAACUAAAAUAAUUACUAUUUGUACUGUAAUUCAUUAUCUAGGUGAUGUUGCUUUGAUGACAAAUCCAUCUUUUUCACAGUUGCGUAAGAAAAUAAUUUGCUGUCAAGCAUCAAGCUCAAGCCUGUUAAUAUUUAAUUUUACAAUAUGAAGGUACAGAUACAAAACUCAGUAGCCAAAGAAAAAAAAAGAUCUUUGGAUCUGCACAUGAUUUUAUGAUGGCUGUCUAGUAUCUAGAAUCGGUGCUAAAAUGAUGUUUUAAAAUUGAAAGUGAAACAACACCUCACACUCCAGGACUAUCAGUCCUGUGGGUAGAAGGUUAAGAAACAGAAGUCAAUAAAUGAAGAUGUUCAGCAAAAAAAUGAAAUGUGGAGAAACUAUUUUAUGUCUCGGGCACUUUGGAUCUGCAACACACUGCCAAAGAUAAUGGCAGAGACACAUUCAAUUGUGUUCAUACAGGACCUGGUUGAGUAGACAAGAUUUGAAGGAAUAUGUAGAGAGGAUUGGGAAUGGAUCUAGUUGGAUUGCUCUUCCAUGAAGCAGGUAUGGACUUAGUGUUUCAAAUAUCCCCAACCAUCCUGCAUUGAAUCCUGCAACUAUUCUGUGAUUCUGUAUACACUGUGAACUUUGCUUUAUUUUAAAUUAGCACUAAGGAACACAGGGGUUUUUUUUAAACAUACAUUCUAUAAAAUAAAUGUUUCCAUUCUAGCCAAUCUUGACCUCAGGUCUCAAAAGAUAUCACAUGGAGCUUCUGAUGUAAAUCUAGCACUGGUACUAACCACAAUGGAGUUUGUUAAUAAUCUCUGCUCAUGGAACACGCUUGACCUCUAGAGAAUUUCAAAUCACUUUAAUUGGAUCUGAGUGUGGUGAACUAUGUGCCUGUCUGGACACGCCCCCUGCUGAAUGCUCCUGUGGCUCCUCCCACAGGCCCCUGUAUAAAGGCGAUCUGAGGCCUGACGCUCGGCCUCAGUCUCCAGGACAUAGUAUGAUGGACACUCACUCCUGGUUCCUUCUUCCAGUCAAUAAAAGCCGAUAUCUCGCCUUACUUCUCAGUGUGAGUUAUUGAUGGUGCAUCACUGAGAAAUGGCUCAUUUAUUACCCCUCUUCUUGUUCACUCAGGAAAAUUUCCCCUGCUGAAAUUUCAGUACUGUUUCACCUUUAGUUUUAGUGGGAUUUAACAUGUUACUUUAGUUUUUAUUUCUGUGUUGUCAGUGAGCAAGCAAACUUACCAGAUACUAUGUACAGCUAGGGUGCUUAAGACUUUUGCACAGUACUGUAUUUGUCAAUGUGGAGCAGAGAGUGAGUUUGUAAAUCUGGCGGGAGCAAAGGAUGUUGAGAAUAGUGAGGGUGGAGUGCCACAAGAAGGGUGGCAGAGAAGGGGUGCCAGGGUUGGGCAGUGAUACAGAUGCAGGCACACCCAGCUCUGAGACAGCAGGCAAGAUCAUUUGAUUCCUAACAAUUGGUUUAUUGAGCAUUACAAUAUGUCACUCUGGUUCUUUCUGCUCCCUCCCCUCUCCCUGCCCCCUUUCCACUGUCGGACAUUCAGUCCACAAUAGAGACCCAUAUCAUAUCCAGAUAUACCAGAUUGUUUUGCGGCUGCAGUAUAGUGCAAUACAUAAAAUUACGAAAGUACUGUGUGAAAGACACUUGCAUAGUACCAACUGUUUGCAAUCAAAUAACUGCCUGGUGUCUCAGGGUGGGGUCUCACCCCUGUCCCUGGCAUUCCUUCUCAGCCACCUGUCCCACAUCUCUCCUGCAACACUCCAUUCUCACCAUUCCCAACAUCCUUUGCUCCUGCCAGAUUUACAAACUUGUUCUCUGUUCCAUGCUGAUAAAUGCAGUAUUAUACAAAAGUCUUAGGCACCCUAGUGAUAUAUAUGUGCCUUAGACUUUUGCACAAUACUGUAUUUAAAAGUGUAUUUAGAUUUUUCAGAACUUGAUGCAUGAACUGAGGGACAAUCUCCAAUCAUAUUUCUGUUUUCAGUACAUCUUGAUGUACUUUUGAUGUUUUCCUUUGGGUUUUUAACAGCAAGUUUAUUGUGGCAUCUGGAAUACAUUUUCUGAUGAGUCUGACCUUUGUUGACUCUUAUGCAAUAAGUGUAUGUCUUUGAGAAAAUUGACUUAAAAUUUUAUUUGACUGUGUGUCUCUGUUUUAAGUUUUAAUCUGCAUACAUACCAACUAACUCAUUUUGUGGGGUACUAAAUAAAUUACUUUUACAAUGGAGAAU